AUGAACAGCUUUACAAGUUAUGCCGCCGUCCUGUUAAACAUCGUGGCAAUUAUCGCGUUGAGAAAAACUCCAUCACUUCCGAAGCCUUUAAAAGUACUACUUCUAAGUAUUAGUGUCUCAGAUCUUUGUGUUGGUUUGCUUGUCCAGCCAUUGUACGUGGCACUUCAUAUCAUCAAUAAAGACAUACCAAUUUUCAAACCUUUGGCAACAGUGAAUACCAUUUCAGCGACAUUUUUUUGUACUGCUACGCUGUUGGGUAUUUGUGCUGUAUCAGUUGACAGAUUCCUGGCAAUUCAUCUUCAUCUCCGAUACCAGGAAAUCGUUACUCACAGACGCGUUGUGGCUGUGGUUAUCUCAAUUUGGGUUUUGAGUGCAGUUCUUUCGGCCCAGCGAACAAAUACACAUUCUGAGAAGACCGAUAGGAUAAUCCUCGCAAUCAUCGUUUUUAUUACCCUUGGCUGUCUUGUCGCAAUAGCAAUAAUUUACGUUAAACUUUACUUAGUUUUAAAACAACAUAUUAUGCAAGUU